AUGAAAAAAUUCUUCCAAAGCAAAAGUGUACCACAGAUUGACGUUAUCGAUGUUCCUAUAAACACGUGGACUGUCAAUAACUUUGCAGAGUGGUUAACCAGAGAACGUUACAACAAAACUGUUAUUCAAGCCAUUACUAAAGCCGGAUUUGAUGGUGGAGCUCUCAUGAAUUUCCACAUUGAUGAUUUGGUGGAUAGCAAAGUUCCCGAACCAACUGCACUCACAAUCUACAUUAAAAUUCAAGAUUUAAAAAAGAGACAAAGUCAAAUGGGAAUUCUUCAUGGAUAUGUUGCAAAUGAUGGUUCUGAUAUGGUUGUUGUUGUGGCAGAAACAACCACUACAUCAACUUAUAGUGGUGAUUUGUAA